CAUGCUUUUUAGAGGCUGUUUUGAUUGGUUCCUUCUCCAAAAAUGGAUUUCGGGUUUGCGGGUCCGGAUGGUAUAACGGGUCCCGCAAAUGGAGCUCCAUCUCAAGCUCAGCCUAAGCUUCUUGGAUCUGGGUUUCCCAAGCAGGAAAGAUGUUCUGAUUCAGCUGAAGAACACUGGAAAUGUUCGAAGUUUCAAAGAAGUGAUGACUUGUUGACUCCCAAGACAAUGCCAUUGAGAUCUAAUUCUGGAGGCCACCAAGAGCAUAUGUUGAGCUUAUCUUCACUCAAAUCUGAACCUCCUUCCAUCAACAGAGAUGGUGACUUUUUGGAGAUGGGUACACAAAACAGUGGCUUGUCUUAUUAUGAACAUACACCCCAAGCAGGUAACAAAAAAGAUUGGUUUAUGGUCCAAUAUUGUGGUUCUGGUUCUGGUUGUGGAAGCAUGCAUGAGGGUUUUAAUGGUUUCAGAGGGCCAUUAACUCCAACUCAGUUGACCGAGUUACAACACCAGGCAUUGAUCUACAAAUACAUCACUUGUAAUGUGGCAGUGCCUUCCAAUUUGAUCAUCCCUCUCAAGAAAUCCCUUUAUCCUUAUGGCUUCACCAGCUCAUCUGCUGCAUCUUUGCCCCCCAAUUCACUGCGAUGGGGCUCUUUCCAUCUGGGGUACUCGGUCAGCACUGACCCUGAGCCGGGUAGGUGUCGUCGAAACGAUGAAAAGAAAUGGCGGUGCUCCCGGGAUGCUGUUCCCGAUCAAAACUAUUGUGAAAGGCACAUAAAUAGGGGCCGCCAUCGUUCAAGAAAGCCUGUGGAAGGCCAGACUGGCCAUGCUGCCUCUGGGACCGCAAAUAUGAAGGCGGUGCCAAUGUCUUCCUCAAUGUCGGCAUCGGCGAUAUUUGGCGGCUGUACAUCCAGUAGCCUCACGAUAGCACAGCUGCACCGUUUUAAGAACUUGCAAUCUGGUGCUAUCGAGCAUUCACUGAACUCCCUUGUCAACAGGGUACAAGAUCCGCGGGCGUUGUCUGUGAUGUCUUCCACCACCAACCUGAAAUCCAACAACUCCACAUUUACCAUUACAGAACAAGGUGUUCCGUUUGCAGAAUCCUCUCAAUGUCUAUGUCUAUUCCUAUGACAUCUUCCGAGCUCUCAUCAGCCUCGUCUUCACCCGCACAAGAGAAGGUUGCCCUUUCGCCCCAUAGGUUAUCUCGGGAGUUCGAUCCAAUCCAAAUGGGUUCGGUGGUCAGCACCGAUGUUAGUGACCCGAACCAGAAUCAAGCUCACUGGAUACCAAUAUCUUGGGGAAGUUCAAUGGGAGGUCCUUUUGGAGAGGUCCUAACCAAUACUGCAAGCAACCCAGGUAGCUGCAAGAACUC